AAAACGCCUCCACCAAUGACUCAAGCGAAGGACGGAGCUGAGAUUAACAGGGAUUCUCAGCAGCAGCAGUCCUGUUUAUUAUAAAGGGAAAUAAUCGCAAUGGGCAGCACCGACUCAAAACUGAACUUCAGGAAAGCAGUGAUUCAGCUGACAACCAAAACACAGCCAGUGGAAGCCACGGAUGAUGCCUUUUGGGACCAGUUCUGGGCAGACACCACCACCACAGUCCAGGAUGUUUUUGCACUGGUGCCAGCAGCAGAGAUAAGGGCCGUUCGAGAGGAGUCCCCCUCGAAUCUAGCAACCCUUUGCUAUAAGGCCGUGGAGAAGCUGGUGCAGGGUGCAGAGUCUGGUUGCCCCACAGAGAGGGAGAAGCAGGUGAUCCUCAACUGCACUCGCAUCCUGACCCGCAUCCUUCCCUACAUCUUUGAGGACCAGGACUGGAGAGGAUUCUUCUGGUCAACAGUGCCUGGUGCUGGGCGGGCUGGGACGGAUGAGCUGGAUGAUGAUGACGGAGCUCGACCACUGGCUGAGUCGCUGCUCCUGGCUGUCGCUGACCUGCUCUUCUGCCCUGACUUCACCGUGCACAGCCAUAAGAGAGGCCCUGACUCGGUAGAGAGCAUGCAGUCUAUAGACAGCUGUGAGUACAUCUGGGAGGCAGGGGUGGGCUUUGCACAGUCCCCCCCUCUCAACUACAUCCAUGACCUGAACAGGACAGAGUUGCUGAGGUUAUUACUAACCUGCUUCUCAGAGGCCAUGUACCUGCCCCCCUCACCGGACAACAAUGUCCUCAACCCUUGGGUGACAUUCUUCUGCUCCACAGAAAAUAGACACGCUCUUCCUCUGUUCACCUCCCUGCUGAAUGUGGUGUGUGCCUAUGAUCCAGUGGGCUACGGCAUCCCGUACAACCACCUGCUCUUCUCUGACUACCGGGAGCAGCUGGUGGAGCAGGCUGUUCAGAUCCUCAUCGUGACGCUGGAGCACGACGGAGGGGUUUCCCACCGCCCCGUCUCCCCGUCCAGCAUGGAGGAACAAGAGUCUACAGGCCCUGAAAACCUGUUUGUGAAUUAUUUGUCGAGGAUUCACAGAGAGGAGGACUUUGACUUUGUAUUGAAGGGCCUCGCUCGUCUGCUGACCAACCCUUUGACUCAGACUUACCUGCCUAACUCUACCAAGAAGAUCCAGUUCCAUCAAGAGCUGCUAGUGCUUUUCUGGAAGCUUUGUGACUUCAAUAAGAAGUUCCUGUUUUUUGUCCUGAAGAGUAGUGAUGUGCUAGAUAUUCUGGUUCCUAUACUCUACUACUUGAAUGAUGCCAGGGCUGACCAGUCCCGUGUUGGACUCAUGCACAUUGGUGUGUUCAUUUUGCUGCUGCUGAGCGGGGAGAGAAACUUCGGUGUGCGCUUGAAUAAGCCCUACUCCGUCCAUGUGCCUAUGGACAUCCCAGUGUUCACAGGGACUCACGCUGACCUGCUUAUUGUGGUGUUUCACAAGAUUAUCACCACGGGCCACCAGCGUCUCCAGCCUCUGUUUGACUGCCUUCUCACUAUUGUUGUAAAUGUGUCUCCCUAUUUAAAGAGCCUGUCCAUGGUGGCAGCUAAUAAACUGCUCCACCUUCUGGAGGCCUUCUCCACCAGCUGGUUUCUGUUCUCUGCAGUGCAGAAUCAUCACCUUGUAUUCUUCCUUCUCGAGGCUUUCAACAAUAUUAUCCAGUACCAGUUUGACGGGAACUGCAACCUGGUGUACGCCAUCAUCCGCAAACGUAACGUGUUCCACCAGUUGGCCAACCUGCCCUCUGAUCCUGCUUCCAUCCAGAAGGCUUUGCAGAGGAAGAGGAAGUCUCCGGAUGUCAUUUCCCGUACCAGCUCCCAGGAGACUGUAUCCAUGGAGGGCUCUCACCCUGCUGUGCCGGCAGAGCCUGGUACACUGAAGACUAGUCUGGUUGCGAUUCCAGCGAUUGAUAAACUGACUGAGAAGUCCCAGGUAUCAGAGGAUGGCACUAUGGUGUCAGUUCCAAAGACAGACUCCCCACACACAGCCCACACAGACCAAAGUGCAGUCGCCGGGACCAGUGACACAGAGUCCAACUCAGGCCGAGACAGUGAAGAUGUUUUUUACACUGAAGCAGAAAUGGAGAGAAGACGUCUGUCAAGUGCGUCUUCGACAUCUUUUUGGGUUCCCACACCAGACUGGGUCCAUUCCUGGAAGUGUAAACUACCCCUGCAGACUAUCAUGCGACUUCUACAAGUGCUCGUUCCCCAGGUGGAGAAGAUCUGCAUCGACAAGGGUCUGACAGAUGAAUCAGAGAUCCUGAAGUUUCUCCAGCACGGCACAUUAGUGGGCCUGCUGCCAGUUCCUCACCCCAUCCUCAUCAGAAAGUAUCAGGCCAACGCAGGCACUGCCAUGUGGUUUCGCACCUACAUGUGGGGUGUCGUCUAUUUGCGCAAUGUGGACCCUCCAAUCUGGUAUGACACUGAUGUCCGCCUUUUUGAGAUUCAGAGGAUGUAGACGGAAGACUACAAAUGGGACUGUUCAACUCCAGGGUUCCCUUCCCUUCGGUAUUUGCUGGUUUCCCAGUAAACCUCACUGUGUUUAACUUGCCUCCAUAAUAAUCAUCAUAAUGCUUACGACAAUGACUUGGGUAGAAGAGUCAUUCAGACGAGUGAGGUAGACAUACCCCCUCGGAUUAAGAGGGGAGAUGUUUGAAUUAUCAAUAUUGUCCAUAAACAACUGUGUUUGUACAUUUUCUUAGACCUCAAGACCAUAGAAUGUCUGUCAAAGCUGAGACGACUGAAGCGUUUCCUGAAGACUGAAGUUCUUUUCUUGACAGCAUAGAAGUGAAAAAUGAAAUCUCAUUUUUAGGCAGACCUGUCAUAGAAGAUAUGGUGCUUUCCAACAGAGGCUUGUAACAUAUCUUGGACGGCACAAUAUUGAUGUUUCACGUUAUUCGUUGUACUUGCCAUGCUUUAAAGUGCACUCUUUAUGAGUUGUCUGUUAUUAUGGUUGUAGUUUAUGAGACAGUGAUACAGAUUGUAUGUUUUUAUGUAUAUGGCCAGGUUUAAGUGAUGAUCUGGCUGGAUAUGCUUAUAAUGCUUGGUGUUUAAAAUUGUAUUUUCCUUAAAUUAUCUUGAAAAUAUAUAUUGAUAUGCAUCUGUGAA